AUGCCAAACAGCAGGCUCCGUCAUACGCGCCAAGGCCGCAACUUUUUUGAUCGUCCUCGGUGCACCACACCACACUCGACUACCAUGGCCUCCCACCCUCCGUCCAAGCGAAAGGCUUUCGGGCCCUCAGGACCCCAUGGCUCAACCGCAGCUGCUCGCAAGCGCGCCAAAACCUUCGACGCGCGCACCUUGGCUGUGCAAUCGACCGAUGCCGCCCUCUCCGCGACGGGCGAGCUUGAUGUCGCCGCGUACACCGCAGCUCGGGCAUUCGAGAUCCAGGCCUUGGAGGAGGGGAUGCAGCGGUCGAAGAAUGCGUUGACCACACGGGCAUUCCAAAAAGUACCCCGCUCGCUGCGGCGGAGGACCGCGAGCCAUAAUGUGAAGCGGGUUCCGAGGCGGUUGAGGGUGCGGGCCAAGCGAGAAAUGCUCGAGGAUAACACUCCCACCGUCACGGCCCGCCGACGCAAACCGACCCAACUUAUGCGCAUCCGGCUCGAAUCUGCGCGACGCCUGCAGAAACUCAAUUCCAGGACCAAGGCGCGGCGUGCGGCUGCCAAGGCGAAAAGGGACCAGGAAAAUAAAACGGCACUGAAAGAAGAGGGCAGCCAUGCCUUUAAUAUUGCCCCGCGUGUCCCCAAGAUCAAGAAGAACAAGCUCUCUAAGCCGCCGCCGGCGGAAGCCAAAUAUCGCAAGCGUCAGCGGUGCAAGAUCUGGCUCCCAACCCAUAUGUUUCAUGCAAAGCGGGCCCACAUGGCCACGACGAAGGACCCAAUCUGGCGGUUUGCGAUUCCUUUGUCGCCCACGGAGAAAAGUUAUCGACCUACACAUCGCGCGCGGGGUUCAAGGGGCGCGGUAGCAUGGGAUAUGAGCUACAUGUCGACUAUGCAAUUGGAAGGCACCGAAGAAUCCAUCGAAGCAGUGUUAAGGUUGGUGGGCGUGGAUGGGGAGGAAGCGUGGGGUGUGAAGGGGAAGAAAUGGAGAGCAGGAACCCGGUCAUUGCGCGUGUGGGUGUCCGAAAAAGACCACCGCACGAAGCCAAUCGCUCCCGGAACCCUAGUUUGGUGUGCACGACAUAAAUCCGAAGACGUUGAAAUGACCGACGCCGAUGCUACUCACCCCAAGACGUCCAAGAAGCCCCGGCGCAAGCUCUGGAUCAGGGUGCAUCCAUCGGCGUUCUUGCAACUAUGGACAGAUGUUCUCGCAGUAUCAAAGCGCCAAAAUCCUCCCGUCAUGGUGGAAGAUUUGCGGUUCGAGAUUGGCAGUAUUGAUAUCACCGGUCCAGGGUCGACGGAGGCGCUGCUAGCGGCUUUGCAGCCAAUUUUUGGGAGUCCUGCUCCCCCCGCAGAGAGCCCCGAAGCCACCUGGACUUCUCUCCUCGGAGUAUCUAAUCCGUCGUCAUUGCCGCAGAAUGCACUCUUGUCUUUCCUCAUCUCCGACCCUCGACUACACUUCCCGUCACGUACCCUCCGUGUACCAGAUCAUGACUCCCACAUGAACGACCUCGCCAUCUUACUCUCGACCUGGCAUCCAGAUCAUACACAGGGCCCAUCCUCGCUGUUCGAUCGGCCAAGUCGACUGGCGGCUGCUCGUCAGCUCCCGAGUCAAAAAGCCAUCAACCGGCGCCGCACGCUGUCCGGCCCUGGCAUAUAUCCACCCUCACAGCCAUCCGACCCAAAAAUCCCAGUACUGAUCCUCGCAAAUAGACCUCAGAAUCGCUCUAAAAGCCGCAGUGCUCCGGGAUCCUGGACUGUGCUUCUACCAUGGAAGUGUGUAUCUGCCGUCUGGUACUCGCUCAUGUACUAUCCACUCUCGAGUGGUGGGAACCCACGCUUCGGUGGCCUGAAGGAGCAGCAGCAGCUUUCCUUUGAGGCUAGCGAGGCUUGGUUUCCUGGUGAUUUCCCGGGAACGCGAGCCGGUUGGGAGUGGGGUCAGCGCGAGGCUCAGCAGGCUCGACGCGGGUGGGAGCGACGACCCAAGGGGCGCCGAGUCGAAUAUGACAAUCUCAUUCUGGGAGAUGGCCACCCAAAGGGCGAAAUUGGAUACGGCUGGGCUUGCGACUGGGAGAGACUCGUUCAAGGACCGCCGCAAACCGGCUCCAGCAAGAAUAGCAAGGACGUCAGUGCAGGGGACAAUGCCAAAGACACCGGUGGCACUGCUGCAUCAGACGCGAAACCAAAUGCUGGCAAGCCUGACACAGAGAAAACUGAGGAUAUUCCACCACUCGGCAUUCACAAUAUCCGCUUCUCCCAAACGGAUACCAACCGCAUCCUCAGCAACCUCAAGCAAUCACCUGGUGACCCUUCCGCUCUCAUUACCGUCAAUAUCACGCUGUCUAGUCGUGGCACCCCUACCCCCCGUGCCCGAAUUUACCGUCUGCCUAGUCACCCAUCUCUCCGCAAGAAAUGGGUGGAGCUCGCCUCGACCUCGACCAAGGCUAUUUCUCGAAAUCCCAUUAGCUCUGCACUUAGUCCUGCGUUGUCCACGCUCUCUGAUGAGAAAGCACGACGUCAGCUGGCAGAGUCACUCAUCUCAUCUUCUGCCGGGGACUCUGGGUCUGAACACCUGGAUGUUCCCACAGAGGACGACCUGAUCGGCUUUGUUACCACCGGAAACUACAAUCUUUCCGAGGGCAAGGGCACAGGUAUUGGGUCGAUUUUACUGUCGAAAGUGUUGACGCCGAAUGUCAAACCGUCGGAAAGGAGGAUGUGCAUUGUGCGAACGGCCGGGGAUAGAGUGGGACGAUUGGGGGUUUGGGAGGUUGUUUGA